UACAGCACUCCGUCAUAGAACAAAGAACGAUGAGCAUGGCGGAAAGGUUUUAGUGAAUUUGCGAAAAUAGAAGAAAAGAUGUCGGUAAAAGCGAGCGUUGGUUAAAGAAAUAGAGAAAAUGGCCGCCAAAGGGUUUGGAGGAGAGGUGAUCGGCUUUCUCCUGGCUGUGGCUUUUUGCGUCACUUGCCCUGAAUAUGUAUCAUCAGCACAACGCGAGCUCGGCAAGAGUGUGUUCAACACAUCAGCCACCUCACCGCCGGCCGGCUCCGCGGACAAUGCCAUCCCGCCAGGCGUGGGCGCAGCGGACCCGCGGCCCACGCCUCGCACCGGGCCGUACUUCGACCUCGUGGCUUCCAAGAAUGUCACCGCGCUGCUCGGCAAGACGGCGUAUUUGAACUGCAGGGUGAAGAAUUUAGGGAAUAAGACGAUAAACAUGCAAGUAUCUUGGGUGCGACAUCGCGAUAUACACCUGCUGACAGUCGGACUCUACACGUACACGAGCGACCAGCGAUUUAGAGCCAUACAUUUGGCGCAUUCCGAAGAUUGGACAUUACAGAUAAAAUAUCCCCAGCACAGAGACUCCGGGAUAUACGAGUGCCAGAUAUCAACGACUCCACAUAUGAGUCAUUUCAUUCACCUUAAUGUUGUUGAACCAACAACAGAAAUAAUCGGCGGUCCCGAGCUCUACAUAGACCGAGGCAGUACCAUAAACCUCACUUGCGUGGUUCUGUACUCCCCAGAACCACCGGCGUACAUAUUUUGGAAUCAUAAUGAUGCAAUCAUUAGCUACGAUUCCCCUCGCGGAGGAGUGUCCGUGGUGACUGAGAAGGGCGAGACCACGACUUCGUUCCUACUCAUCCAGCAGGCGAGGCCAUCUGACUCCGGGACCUACCAGUGUAACCCGAGCAACGCACAAUCCAAGAGUAUUGUGGUUCACGUUUUAAAUGAAGCAAAUUCUAUUUUUCCUUUAUCAGGUGAGUACCCCGCGGCCAUGCAGCGAGGAGGCCAGGCAUUCGCCCCCACCACGCCGACACACUGCCUCGUGUUGGCCUCUUGCCUUUCUUAACUCUAUCUUGACACAUAACUAGAAUCCAAACGGUGUAAAUACAAGAUUUUUAUUAUAUUCCGCUGUUUAUAUUGACACUGUGUUAAUGAACUUUCUAUUUUAACCCACUAGUGUCAAUAUAAGGGGCCGAAUACAUUCGCUAUUUUAUAGUGUGGGUUGUGUUAUGUACAAUAUAAAUUUAAAUAAAUCCCUAAACGAGUAGUUAAUGCUUGUUUCGUAUAGUGUACAUAGUGUAAUAUAAAGUGGUAUUUUCGUUCUGUGAGUCCAGCAUAGACGUCUGACGUGGCAUUUCAUUAUACAUAACGAUAAACGUAAGCUCCUUACAACAUAAAUCAAAUGAAAUUCUAAAUGUAUCAGAAUAGAAUGUAUUAUUCAUUUGCAUGUUACGCAUUUAUUGGCAAAA